CUCACAGCGAAAAAAAACAUUUAUGGGGUCAACGAGAAAACGCUUUUUUUGGAAAUGAACCAUUAGGGAACGCAGUUGUACAAGGAGAAAAGAACAACGUCUAAAGUUUCCGAUAACUCAUCGGUGCUUUGGAGGAAAAACGACGGAAUACAAAAAUCUGUGUGAAUAAGCGAAGGCACGACCUUGGGAAAGAGAAGUUUAAAGUCGAAAGCAACACGAAGUACUAUCUUCUACGCCAAAAAGAACGACUCUAUCUCAAUUCUGCCUUUAAGCUCUUUUCCAAAAAGAACAUCAAACCAAAAAUGGCCGCGACGACCCGUUGGGAGCAACAGCACGACCGCGACACGGGUCGCGAACCCUGCCCCGACCGCAUCGUGGAAGACCUGGGGGGCGCGUUCGGCAUGGGUUGCGUUGGCGGGUUUCUGUGGCACUUCGUCCGCGGGGCGCGGAACUCGCCGAAGGGGGAGCGGCUCGCCGGCGCGCUGUACCACGGGAAGUCGCGGGCGCCCAUUCUGGGCGGCAACUUCGCGGUGUGGGGUGGCUGUUUCGCGACCUGUGACUGCACCCUGCAGUACAUUCGCCGGACCGACGACUCCUGGAACAGCAUCAUGUCCGGGUUCCUGACCGGCGGCAUCCUCGCGGCCCGCGCGGGCUGGAAGCAGGCGGGCAAGAACGCGGUGGUGGGCGGAGUGAUCCUCACCUGCAUCGAGGGCGUGUCCGCGUUGCUGAUGCGGUCCUACCAGAAGACCCCCCGGGAACAGGCCCUGGAGAUGAUCGAGUACGAGAAACAGUACGGACCGCCGCCGGGCACGCCGGGAGCAGAGGGUGGAGCAGCGGGAGGAGGUACCGGGAUGAACAUGGCCAGCAUGAUGUCGGGAAUGUUCGGUGGGCAAUCCGCCGCGGGGGGAGGUGAAAAUAACGCAGCGGACGGUGGUGGUGAGCAGUCCUGGUUUUCCCAAGCGAUCUAUCGAAUGCAAAUAUGUAUGGGUCUGGAAGAAUGCAAACUUCUCAUGCAUAUUUUCCAUGCCCCAUGAGAUUUGGAAUACAGGACCUAGCAUGACAGGUUCUGCGACGUCUCUAUCAUCCCUAUCCUGCAUGACAGACUGCCUCUAAACUUGUUCAAAAGAGGACAGCUUUUGGUAGUCAUGCAACACAAAUUUUUGUACGAUCCAGAGAGACGUAGCACGACAAGUUCGUGUCCUCCCAGACCCAGACAUAUUUGCAAUGCAUACGAUCAGCGGCGCCUCGUCUUCCAGUUCCAGCGACGGCAACAUCAGUACUGGUGAUGGAACUACUACCAUGAUGCCGGCAAUGGACAACGGGAUGCAAGCUUCAAGUGGUGCUUCUGCCUCCUCAUCUUUCUUCCCCACCGAAUCCUCCCUGUCCUUCGAGGGCGGCUUGAUUCCAGAAGGGCUGAGCAGCGCCGGGGCGGCCGCCGCACACGACUCCACGACGUCGUCGAAGCCUUCCGGGUCCUGGUUCCGCUUGCCAAGACGGUGAUUCUAAUGGGGGACAGUUUUGAGUCAGGGUUUUUUCACCACGUAGCAAAGACACGCUUGUUCGAAAAAGACGACUUUUACCUACAUCAACAACGGCGACCGACAAAAGUUCUUGAAUCAGCAGUAAUAAAUAGAAUCGGGGCAGCACAGUGGUCUACUUUUAGACGACAGUAGAAAACGAAAAACUAGCGACAUGACGGAACUUUCUCUCGACACCUGAAACAAGAAAUGCAGUAGAGACCACCAUUCUUCGUCCACCUCAUCGGAGCUACAUUUUCACUUUCACUAAAAACGUACACGGUUCUUCGUGAUCACAAACGGACGACGGAGACGGCGGAUCAUCCACGAGGACAAUAACUUCAAGUACCGCCCAUGCCCAACCAGCUCUUCUCUUCAUCUGCUUCGACCUAGCAGGCUUUCUUGAGUGGCAACAGCAAAAAUGAGAAUCUUCUGGGGCGCACGACGGCGAUUGGUUCUUCAUGGGCAGGAGCUAGUGACACACUUCUUUUAAAAGCUCCUGCUCUACUCCAGAGUAGACGACACAUUUGGACGAGUUGCGGCGGAACAGAUCUGAAAAAAUAUCACCUGCUGUUCUUGUUGUAUUGCAUGCAAAAUCUGCAUCAUCUGCUGUCAUGACGAAAGAACGAAUGACCUCUACUUCUUGUGACCUUCUUUUUUUGUGUGUGUUUUGGGAAAAAAUAGAAAAUAGAAUCGGCCAAAAGGAAGUGCCCUUCUUUCC